ACAAUGGCGUCCAUUCGCACAAAGGUAGCCAUUUGGCUCUGGGGCUCCGAUGGGAAAGAUCGCGCCUUGCUGGCGAAACUGGACACUACAUUACUGCCGUAUUUCUCCUUGAUCUGGUUUCUUUUCGGCGUCACCAGAGCCAGCUACUCCUCAGCAUAUAUCAGCGGAAUGAAAGAGGCCCUCAACUUUCAAGGUAAGGACUACAAUUACAUGAGAACCGCCUACCUGGUCACCUAUGCUGUUUGCCAGAUACCGGGGACCAGUCUUCUCACUCUGGUGCGGCCGAAACAUGUCUUCGUUCCGGCAAACGUUACUUGGAGUGUCCUUACAAUGGUCACGUUUCGGACGACCCACGCCUGGCAGGUCAUUCUGUUGAAUGCUAUCGAAGGGGCGUUUUCAGCGAUUGCAUAUGUCGGAGCCCUGUUCAUCCUUGGUUCAUGGUACAAGCGAUCUGAACUGGGGACCAGAAACGCCAUCUUCUGCGUCUUUGGCCAUCUCGGGUCUAUGGCUGGUGGCUGGAUUCAAGCAGGACUGUUGAAAAGCCUGGCAGGCAAGGGUGGCCUUCCUGCAUGGAAAUGGAUCUUCAUCAUUGUCUCCGUCAUGACUCUGCCUGUCGCGUUAUUCGGUACCCCUUCCCUCAAAAUAAACAAUGCAGGCUGGUUCUUCAUCCCCGAUCUGCCUGUCCAUCGAACGGCGUGGUAUUUGAACGCGGAGGAGAAGGAGCAUGCGGCCGCUCGACUCGGCUCUCCCAGCAAGCAGUCAUGGGACCUGACGGUCUUCAAACGGGUGCUUUGGAGCUGGCAGUUCUAUCUCUUGCCGCUUAUCUUCAUGCUAUACUCGCUCUGCGUCCAGAGUCUUUCUAACAACGUCAUGCCGCUGUGGAUGGCCUCGCGCGGAUACACAACCGUGCAACAGAACAACUACCCAACCGCUAUCUAUGCCACAGCCAUAGUAGGAACUGUCCUCUACGCUGUCGUCUCUGACAAACUGCGUUCGCGAUGGGAAGUCUCUAUUGCCAUUGGCCUAACCUUUGUCAUAGGCUCCGCCAUUCUCUUCUCAGAUCCCCCAACAGCAGGCUACUUCUUCGCCUUCUACUUGCUCGGCACCACGUACGCGCCGCAGGCAGUAUGGUAUGGCUGGUUGGCCGACGUGACCGGCCAUGACGUGCAGCUGCGCGCCAUCGCGACGGGGUUCAUGAACUCGUUUGAUUUUGCAUUUGUCACUUGGUGGCCGUUGAUUUUCUACCCUGUCACAGAUGCACCGGACUAUCGAAGGGGUUAUUUCGCUAGCUUGGUUACUGGGGCCUUGACGCUGCCAUUUAUAGGGUUGAUUGCAUACCUGGAGAGGAGGGAUAGGAAAAGGGGUGUUAUCGGGAGGGGAGCCGUGGAUGAGGAUAGGCUUACAGACGGGGAUAUCGAUGUCUUUGUCUCACAAAGUGGGCAUACAUUUCAAACAGAGCCGUCGAAGAUCAGUCCCGCACAAGGCGCUGUUACUGUGUGA